AUGGUCAAACACUGCCAGCCCGCCGCCGCACGUCAGCUGCCGCCACGCCCGUCAGUCGCCGUCACCACCCGUACCCCCACCGCCCGUCAGUCGCCGUCACAGGCUGCCGCCCGUCAGUCCGCCACUGCUCCUCCGCAGCUGCCGCCACCGCUCUUCCGCCCGCUCUCUCCAGACAUUGCUGCCGCUGUCCGUCACGCCGACAACGUCUUCACGCCAUUAAUCUCACUACCGGAAGAGGUGGAGCUCAGUUUUGCUGCCAUUAAUCUCGCUGCCUCCGACCUCCUCCACCGCGAAGCGCCGUCGCACACCGGCCGCCGUCGUCCUCGUCGACGACGGCAGGAGGCUGGUUGCAGUGGCGAAGCUUUUUUCCGGCAGUGUUUGUCGGAGGAGAAACACGACUGGCCGGUGUGA